AUGAAGACGGCUUUGGACUCCACAAGUGCAACGACGUCGUCUGGUUCAGACCACUGUUACAAGGAUUACUACAACUCCAGUACAUCCCUUCAUGAACUAAUAUCCCAAGAGAAGCAAAGAAAAGAGAAUGAGGAGCUCACUCAAAUCGUUCUUCAAGUGACAAAAAGUUAUGAUGCUAUGAGUGUAGAGCUCCAAAUAAUGGUUGAUCUUAUCGAAUGCAAGGAAGAGAAAAAUCAUGAUGAAAUGGUCUUGCCUAUGGAGGAAGUAGAUAGCAUAGUGGAAGAAGAAGUUGACGAGACACCACAACUUGAAGAGGUUAUUGUAGAAGAUGUCCUAGUUGAGAGAAAUUCAAGUUUGGUUCAUUGUCAAGUAAUCACACCACUUGUUGAUGAGUUAGAGCACAUAGACUCGGCCGUUCAAGAUGCAUUGAUGAUUCAAGAAGAGUUAAGUGUUACCAUGGGUCAGAACAUCAUUGGUGGAGAAGGUGAAUUUUAUUGGGGAUUACAAGAAGAGUUCAUUGAUUUUAAUCAAUUCCAAACUAAGAGAAUCCCCAAGAAGUUGGAAAAGUGGAGAAGAGUUGAUUUCCUUGUAUGUUGGAUAAUGGAUAUUUUUGAAGAAAAUGCUUCCUGGAGGCAUGAUAGGAGACUAGAUGACACAUUCUUGUGGUAUCGGGAUGACUCUGUCCAAGGAAAAGCAGACCAGAGGACUCUAAUGAGUGUCAAUGUUCAUUUUAUGGAAUGGUUUGAGUGA